AAGAGCCGAAGGAAGGAAGAUUAACAUUGCAUGCACUGAUGUCUUCUUCUUUGAAUUCCUCAAAUUUGCCUGUUUUCUGCAUAGUUUUCUUCAUCAGUUGGAUCCUCAUCCAUAGAUGGGCACAGAGAAAUCGCAAAGGUCCGAAGACAUGGCCUCUCAUUGGAGCUGCCAUUGAACAGUUUAAGAACUAUGAUCGCAUGCAUGAUUGGAUUGCCAAUUACUUAUCUGAGUCAAAGACCAUUAGUGUUCCCAUGCCCUUCACUACUUACACUUACACUGCAGAUCCUGCAAAUGUAGAGCACAUUCUCAAGAACAACUUCAAAAACUACCCCAAGGGAGAGCUUUAUAGGUCUUACAUGGAGGUUCUGCUAGGAGAUGGGAUAUUUAACGCAGAUGGAGAGCUGUGGAGGAAGCAGAGGAAGACAGCGAGCUUUGAGUUUGCUUCCAAGAACUUGAGAGAACUAAGCACCGUUGUGUUUAGGGAGUAUGCUUUAAACCUCUCUACCAUCUUAUGCCAAGCAUCCUGCAGAGAUCAUCAAGGUGUAGAUAUCCAGGAUUUGUUCAUGAGGAUGACAUUGGACUCCAUAUGCAAGUUGGGUUUUGGAGUGGAGAUAGGGACACUGUCUCCUCACCUCCCUGAUAAUAGCUUUGCUCAGGCUUUCGACAACGCAAACAUGAUCGUAACACUACGAUUUAUCGAUCCUUUAUGGAGGCUGAAGAGGUUUCUUUGUGUAGGAUCAGAGGCUAUUCUCAUGCAAAAUAUUAAAAUUGUUGAUGAGUUCACCUACAAUGUUAUUCGUACAAGGAAAGCUGAGAUCAUGAGAGCCAGAGAGAAUGGGUUCAGUGAUGAGAUACAGCAUGACAUACUAUCCAGGUUCAUCGAGCUCGGUGUCGCUGACCAUGAGAGUGAUUUCAGCACAGAAAAAAGCCUAAGAGAUGUGGUACUCAACUUUGUUAUUGCAGGGAGAGACACCACAGCAACUACCCUCUCAUGGUUUAUCUAUAUCAUAGUAACACAACCUCAAGUGGCAGAAAAACUCUAUACAGAGCUAAAGGCGUUCGAAGAGAUAAGAGCUGAAGAAGAAAAUAUAAAUUUGGCUUCAUAUACUUUAGAAGAUAUGGAUUCAUUCAAAAGCAGGUUAUCACAAUUUUCAAGGCUUUUAAACUAUGAUUCAAUUACAAGGCUGCAUUAUCUCCAUGCAUGCAUCACAGAGACACUGAGGUUGUAUCCUGCUGUUCCUCAGGACCCAAAAGGCAUUCUAGAGGAUGAUGUUUUGCCAGAUGGAACAAAAGUGAGGGCUGGUGGAAUGGUGACCUACACUCCUUAUUCAAUGGGAAGAAUGGAGUAUAAUUGGGGCAAUGAUGCAUCAAAGUUUUGUCCUGAGAGAUGGCUAAAAGAUGAUUUUGUCUUUCAAAAUAAUGUCUCACCUUUCAAGUUCACUGCAUUCCAAGCAGGGCCUAGAAUGUGCCUAGGGAAAGACUCAUCCUAUCUACAGAUGAAGAUGACAUUGGCCAUACUCUGCAGAUUCUUUCACUUUAAGCUUGUGCCUUGUCAUCCUCCAGUUCAGUAUAAGAUGAUGACUAUACUCUCCAUGGCAAAUGGCCUUCAUGUGCUUGUUUCUGCAAGAGGACCCUAAUUUUUAUUGCAUGGAUUUAUGUUUUGUUUGGGAUAACUUUCAUAUUGCUUUCUAAAGCAGUUUUUUAAUAUAAAAAAAAUAUAUUAAAAUAUUGUAUUACAAAGCAAUAAGAAAGUUAUCCCAAAUGAAAUCUUAUACGUAUUUACAUUUUUUGUCUUAAUAGGCCCCUAGUUAGUCUUAAAAAUGGCCAAUAACAAAUUGGUAUAUUUGCUUUAUUAAUUUCCUUGAUGAAAAUCUAAUAUUUUUUAUGUUUGGAGGCCCUAAGGCCAAAUUAGGAACCUUUUUAGUAGGAGCAUUAUCAUAAACUUGAGCUUUAUAUGAUCUUAAACUCAACUCUAGAUUGCACUAUUUGUAAGGUUAUGAAACAUCAAUGAGAGGUUGGAAAUAUCUUUGGUCUUCUCUUCUCUUUAAGCCUGUAACUUCUAUGUAUUUGUAAUUUCUUCUCUACAUUUUGAAGCUUUUGUCCUAAAAAGAUGAGGGAAUUUUCAUUUAAUUUUUUUUAAUGAAUUUGAAGCCUUGACCAUGACUAUAAUAUCUUUUAUAUUGGCUGGUAGUUCUAGAAUCCAAGUAAUUUGAUGAUUUUUCUUAGUUCUAGAAUCCAAGUAAAUUGAUGAUUUUUCUUGUGUUGUUCUUGGAUAUAUCACCACAUCCUCAACACAUAAUUAAUACAAAAAGUUUAGAAAUAUAAAUGAAGAAUUAGAUAAUCUUGUUUUAUUAGACUUAACAUAAAAGCUUUUU